AUUAAGAACAUCAUCUAAUCUCUCUCUCUCUCUCUCUAAACAAUGAAGAAGAAUCAACACCAAAAACCACCAGCCUCGGCUGCUAAUCUCCUUUCUUAUUUCAUCUUCUUUGCCUGUGGCAUAACCUCUGGGAUUUUACUAAGCUGCUAUCUCAAGGACUUGUCACUGAAUCUACUAAUCACCCACUUCUCUAUCUCUCAUUCACCAUUAAUUCUUCCACCACCACCAGCUACCCAACCACCACCACCUACUCCUCCUCCAUCAGCCACCAAAACUUCCAAAACGAAUAUUAGACCAUCAGAAUAUCAAAAGCCCACACAUGUCACGCACGAUAUGAGCGACGAAGAAUUGCUAUGGAGGGCCUCGAUGACUCCCAAAAUUCGUAAAUUCCCAUUCAAAAGGGUUCCAAAGGUUGCCUUCAUGUUCUUGACAAGAGGGCCAGUUUUGUUAGCGCCUCUUUGGGAGUUGUUCUUCAAUGGCCAUGAAGGAUUCUACUCAAUUUACGUGCACUCCGAUCCAUCUUUCAACCAAUCCGAGCCUGAAAAUUCAGUUUUCCAUGGCCGGAGAAUUCCCAGUAAGAAAGUGCAAUGGGGAAGUGUUAGCAUGGUGGAAGCAGAGCGUCGCUUACUAGCCAAUGCUCUUCUUGACUUUUCCAACCAACGAUUUGUUCUCCUCUCUGAAUCAUUUCUUUUGAAAUGUGAGUACAAUGGGAAUAUCACCAAUGUUUGUUUCUUAUUUGCAAGGAAAGUCACACCUACUGCAUUGGGUAGGUUGAUGAGGUUUGCACCAAAGGUUAUGCAAUUCAACCCAUAAGAUUAGAAAUGUCAUGAUGUUAGGGACUAAAGAAUAUAAAAAGAUUAAAAAAAGUAAUGAGUGGUUUAAAUAUGAACUUUUGUAUAGUAUAGAGCCCACACUCACAGACUACUUUCUUUUAGUAUUUUUUUUAUGUUUGAUUUCUUAGUCGGUUAAAACAACAUAUACAUAUCAUCAUUUAUUUGUAAUGAUCAUAGGGUGAAACAAAAAAUGGUUGCAAAUAAUUUCAUUUUGUUUUCUCAAAUUUGACGGAUAAAGUGUGACCUAGUAGAUGUAAAGAAAAACAAAAAAAAGAAUUUUUUGUUUGUUUGGUUUUGGUUGGUUCUUGACUAUGCAUGUUUCCUACAAUAAAUUAAAAUCAAUAGCCAUUGAAAUAUUUUGCUCAUUCUCCUCUCAGA